CGAAUCAACAAAACGAAGCAAAACAAAUAAACUGAAAAACAGUGAAAACAAUCACACUUGAAGCUCACGCGCCUCUCUAUAAUCAUUUCCAUCUCUGUCGAACCCAAACCCCAACUUCCACCACCGCUCCCGGCGGCAAUCUCCACCGCUCCAGGCGAACCCACGCUCCGGCAACCGUGAAGGCAAGCACUUGAACAUUUGAAUUAUUGGUAUAAAAUGGUUUCCUUUGAGAUGAAUGAUCGCAAGAAGAUUGGAUUGGGAUUAACGGGCUUUGGUAUAUUUUUCUCAUUCCUGGGCGUUGUAUUCUUCUUCGACAAGGGGUUGCUGGCAAUGGGAAAUAUCCUCUUUGUUUCUGGAGUAUCCCUGACCAUUGGACUGAAAUCGACCAUGCAGUUCUUCAUGAAACGUACUAAUUUCAAGGGGACAGUUUCAUUCGGUAUAGGAUUCUUGAUUCUUAUAAUGGGAUGGCCUAUUUUAGGCAUGAUUGUGGAGUCUUAUGGGUUCCUCGUACUCUUCAGUGGUUUCUGGCCUACACUGUCUGUUUUCUUGCAGAAGAUUCCUGUUCUUGGUUGGAUUGUUCAACAGCCAUACAUUAGAUCGUUGUUUGAUCGCUAUAGAGGCAGACGAGUACCUGUGUAACACCUGGAUCUGUGGAAACAUUAUGUAGCUGCUAGCGAACCAUGUAAAGAAAUUACUUGAUAUAUAGACCUAGCUCUGAAUUACGUUUUAAUUUUGAUGGUAGAAAAUUGUCAUGAUAUUUCUUUUAAUCAAAGGAAGAUGGAAAUGAAAAAGGUUUUGGUUUUCAUUUUUCAACUCCUUGCUUCGUUGUCAGUUCUGCAAGUUCUCCUACGUUACUAUUGUAAUCACAGCGACACCUUUGAAAAUGAACUGUACUCGUGGAGUAUCGCAGUGGCAUUUAUUUACUUCUCUUCAAAGGAAUACAACAAUUUUAUGUGAUAUAUCAAAUGGAGUUAGUGCAGCAAUAUCGGACUUAUUUUUUAACCUUUUGUAAUGUACUCUUCCGGUGUGCGUUAGAAUUGGCUGUGAACUUAAAUUCUUUGAAAUAUAUAUUGCCCUAUUAA